CGGGAAGCAGACUCUACAUACAUCCUCACAACAACUUCAAGAUCCAUUCUAGCCGGCAACCAUCGAUUACGUACUGGAAAGAAAGUCCCAUAUUAUGGAAGAAGUUCACCGAAAGGACUUUGUCGCCAUCGCCAGGGUUCUUGCUCCGCCAGCGUCGUCACCCCCCGAUCCGUACCGCCGUGUGCGAGCUGAGCUUCUUGCUACUGUCGAAGACGGACCACAUUCACCACAAUGCCCCUUCGUGUCAUUUGCACCGGCGGCGCAAAAUGACCUUCUCAACAUGAUUGGGACAAUCGCUGGCCCGAAGGGCACACCCUAUGAGGGGGGCUUGUUCCAGAUUUCUCUCUCUAUCCCCUUGUCGUAUCCGAGCCAGCCCCCCGAUUGUCGAUUUGCGACCAAGAUCUGGCAUCCGAAUAGCAAGGCUCUUUCUUUCAGAGUGGUUCUGAUCUCGGUUGCUGCAUUGAUUGGAAGCCCUGGACAAUUUAUGGAAGAGGAGGGCGGGACAUCAAUGCCAUUGCGGCCAAAGGCGGCACAGAUGUGGUUGGAGAACUCGGCAGAGUUUGAGAAGACUGCCCAGGAGUGGACUCGCCGAUAUGCCAUGUCUUUCCAGACCGAGGGUUAG